AUGUUACCAGCACUCCCCAGAGACACACUCUGGUAUCAGUCUGCAGCGCCCAACUGGAAAGGAUCUCCUCAAGGCCAGUUAAAGCAGUGCUGCUGGGAGCAACUUCCAGCUAAAGCCCCACAGACACAGCUCUUCGACGCAAACCGAGCUGAGGAGCAUGCGCCUGCAGGGGGUUUCGGACGGGUGCAUCCUCCAGCGCCGCUGGGCUCGGAUGGGGUUGCUGCGUUGCAGCCCGGUGAUUCGGCAGGAAUGGGUUCAGAGAGUCUGGACUGUGACCAAGUGAAAAAGCCUGCUAGAGUAGUUUUGAUGGAGUGGACUGAACUGCCCAAAGGAGAGGAUCCAGACUCCUAUAUUGUAACAUACCAGCGAGCAGACGCUCUCAGUCAAAAAAAUGUAAGAAACAUUUCUAAAGUUGAACAGAAACCUGUCAAUGCUACAGUUCUGCUUGAGGAAAAUAAGAAGUAUGAUAUUACAAUAGAAUCUCUAAAAAAUGGCCGCAUCAUAAGUGUAAAAUCAUUUAAGACACGCUCCUGUUCCCAAGGGUGGGCAGCAUUCCAGAGCAGCUGCUAUCGAAUGGGCAAGGAGAGCAAGCCGUGGAAGGUGGCACAACAAAUCUGUGAAGCGUCUUCACGAGGGGCACAUCUUCUUGACAUAGGGAGUGAAGAAGAACGUGGUUUUGUUUUGUCUUAUCUCCAGACAGUUAGACAAAUAAUCAUGUUAUGGACGGGUCUUAACGACCUAAAGGGAGAAGGUCAGCUCUUGUGGACAGAUGGAUCUCCUUAUCUUCUGAAGGCUGGUAUCUCAACUUUGUCAAUGAUACCAGAAAAUGAAACUGACUGCUAUGCCCUUCAGAAAGAUCCCACUGCUCCAGACUAUUUCUUCACAGGAUUUUUCUGCUACAUACAGCUACCGUAUAUUUGUGAAUAUGAAUUACCUCUGGUACCAGAAAACUUCAUGUUUAGUGUGCGUGAUGUCAAGACAACUGAAGCUGUAUUUAUGUGGAGUGAUAUGAACAUGUGGCUUAAGUCAGGCUUUGCACUUAUAAUGAAAUACUAUUUUGAUCAGUGGAAACCAUACAUUCUGAAUUUGCCUGUGAAUACAACUCAAACCAAAAUUGUGCAGUUGUCUCCCGGCCUUUGCUAUGGAUUUUUAUUAGCAGCAAGGAACCCAGAAGGGGCACAGACUGUCUUAAGUCCAAUUCUGAAGGUAGAAACAACUGUCAGUCCACCUACAGCUAUUUAUAUUCACCCAGAGGAUGUACAAGAAGAGAGCGUAAUCCUUCACUGGAAGCUGCCACAAGAGGGUCAGAAGUCCUACAUUCAAGUGAAACCUAAUGCAGGCAUAGGUGAAACUAAGAAGUUUUUAUUAAACAAUACAGAAGAAUUUAAGGUUGAUCUCCUAAUUCCUGGAAUGGCUUACGAAAUAGCAGUGGCAAGUGUGAAUAAUGGAAAUAUGAGUGAACUGAAGACCAUUCAAUGCACUUUAAGUAAGGCAUCAUUUAAUGGUGGAAACUACAGACUGUAA